UAAAAUUAAUUUAUUUAAAAAAAAAAAGAUCUACUAAAUUAUAAAUAACGAAUUAUUUGAAAUACAAAAUAAUAAUUAUAAUACUAAACGUUACGUUCGUUGCCUUUUACACUUUGGAUUACGGGUACGGUUUACGUUUCUUAAAAAUAAUAAGAAAGAAUACAACAACAAAAAAUAAAUAUAAUGAACGCUCUAAAUAAUAAAUAGAGAAAAGUGUUUUAUUACCACCAUUCAUUCACCUCAAACGAAAUCAGUGUAAUUUAAUAACAAACAAAAAAAUACAAAAAAUGAAGCAGUUAAAAAAACUUAAAUCAUAAUCAGCAAUACACGUAGUAAUACAAAAAAUCUGUAUUUCAUUUUGAAAUAAAAAAAAGUAAAAAAAAUCCAUCCCAUAUCAAGAAUAAAAAUUUAAGAAUAAAAGUUUUAUAAAAGUGCAAAAAGAUGGCACUCAUAUCAAAAACCAUCUUGUCAGUGCUAAUUUCAUUCAUUAUUCCGGUACUCGGUGGGGCUUUAAGUAAAACGGUGCUGUAUCAAGCACCCGACGAGUGUCGUUGGUCCGGUUCAAAUGAAAACGAUAUUACGCUGGUUUGUCAUUUGCGUACUAUCAAUUCGGAACUCGAAAAUACCAACUUCAGUGUCAUACAACCACAAAAUACCAUUCGUCUACGACUCGAAUGCAAUGACGCGUUAUUCUUCCAGAGCAGUCUGAGUCCAGAUAGUUUUCGUUCACUGGUAGAAUUGCGUGCUCUAACCAUUGAGUAUUGCAAACUUGGAAAUCUAACUGAUGGCUCUUUUCGUGGCCUGCAAGAUCUGCGCAAUCUAACCAUUCGCACCCACAAUGGCGAUUGGUCUACAAUGUCGUUGGACAUUUCACCAUCAAGCUUUAGUGAAUUUCGUCAGCUGGACCGUUUGGAUGUCAGCCUAAACAAUAUUUGGCUCGUUCCAGACGGCAUGAUUUGUCCUUUAAAAGUACUAAAGCACUUAAACAUCUCUCAUAAUGAGAUCCAAGACAUCGGAAACUUCCACUUCAGCGCAUCACUCAGCACUCGUAAAUCACGUAUCUGUGGAUCAUCUUUAAACAGCAUCGAUUUAAGUCACAACAAAAUCGCGAAUCUUCCCUCGGCCAUAUUCUCCGGCUUGGGUCGUUUGACUAACUUAAAUUUGGCUCGUAAUGGCAUGAACUUCAUCGCAGAUCGUGCCUUCGAAGGUUUGGUUUCUUUGCAAGUUGUAGAUUUGUCAGAAAAUCGUUUAACAUCACUCCCACCAGAGCUUUUCUCCGAAGCAAAGUUUGUUAAAGAAAUCUACUUGAAAAACAACAGUAUUAAUGUUUUGGCUCCAGGUCUCUUCAGUGAAUUGUCUGAUUUGCUUGUUUUGGAUUUGUCAGCAAACGAACUCAAUUCUCAGUGGGUGAAUUCUGCAACAUUCAUUGGCCUUAAACGUUUGGUACUGCUUGAUCUAUCUGCCAAUAAAAUCAGCAAGUUGGAAGCCAACAUCUUCCGUUCUUUGUCUAGUCUGCAAAUACUCAAAUUGGAGGAAAACUACAUUGAUCACAUACCAGAUGGUGUCUUCACAGAUCUAACCAACUUGCACACACUCAUCUUGUCCUACAACCGCAUCUCCACCGUGGGCCAGAACACAUUCCGUGGCUUGUAUGGUAUUUUGGCGCUCAGCUUGGAUUACAAUCGCAUUUCGAAAAUUGACACGCAAGCCUUUAAGAACUGUUCUAGCAUAGAGGACCUACAUCUUAAUGGCAACAAGCUGCAAAACAUACCUGAUGCUCUCUCCCAUGUGCCGCUAUUGAAGACUCUAGAUAUGGGCGAAAAUUUAAUCACGAGCAUUGAAAAUACAUCCAUAACAGUCAUGGAAAACUUGUUCGGCUUGCGACUCACCGAAAACUCCAUUGACUACAUCAGACGUGGUGUGUUUGAUCGCAUGACUUCAUUGCAAAUAUUAAAUUUGUCUGGCAACAAAAUAAAAGGUAUCGAAGCUGGUGCUUUGCAACGCAACACACAUUUACAAGCCAUACGCCUGGAUAGCAAUCACCUGAAAAACAUUGCGGGACUUUUCACUGACUUGCCAAACUUAGUUUGGCUUAACAUGUCGGACAAUCGCCUGGAGAAAUUUGACUAUUCGCACAUACCCACUGGCCUCAAAUGGUUGGAUGUGCGUGCCAAUCGCAUUACUCAAUUGGGCAAUUACUUUGAAAUUGAGAAUGAAUUGAGCCUCACUACUUUCGACGCCAGCUCAAACUUGCUGAGCGAAAUUACUGCCGGCUCCAUCCCCAACAGCAUCGAAGUGUUGUACUUGAAUGACAAUCUUAUCAACAAAAUUCAACCCUACACCUUCUUCAAAAAGCCCAAUCUGACCAGAGUAGAUUUAAUACGCAACAAGCUGACUACAUUGGAGCCCAACGCCCUUAGACUGUCGCCCAUACCUGAGGAUCGCGACAUACCAGAGUUUUUCAUUGGCCACAAUCCAUUCCAGUGCGACUGUAAUCUUGAUUGGCUGCAAAAGGUUAACAUUGAGUCACGCACUCAGCCCAAACUCAUGGAUUUAGAUCAAAUCUAUUGCAAAUUAUCCUACGCGCGCGGUAAAACACAUGUGCCUCUCAUCGAAGCGAAAUCCAGCGACUUCUUGUGCAAGUAUGAAACUCAUUGCUUUGCUUUGUGCCACUGCUGUGAUUUCUAUGCUUGCGACUGCAAAAUGGAAUGCCCCGAUAGAUGUGCUUGCUAUCACGACCAGUCAUGGACUUCAAACGUUGUCGACUGCUCGCGUUCUGGCUACGAUCGUGAGUUGCCUUCUCACAUCCCCAUGGAUUCCACGCAAUUGUAUUUGGAUGGCAACAACUUCAAAGAGCUCUCCAGCCAUGCUUUCAUUGGUCGCAAACGUUUGAAGGUUUUGCAUUUGAAUCACUCGCGCAUUGAACUCGUACAAAAUCGUACCUUCUACGGUUUAUUGGAAUUGGAAGUGUUGCAGUUGAACCACAACAACUUGCGUCAAUUGAAUGGCAACGAAUUCCAAGGUCUCGAUAAUUUACAAGAACUCUAUCUACAACAUAAUGCCAUAGCCACCAUAGACACUUUGACAUUUACGCAUUUGUAUCACUUGAAAAUAUUACGACUAGAUCAUAAUCUCAUUACUGAAUUUGCUGUGUGGAACUUCUUGCCUCCUUAUCUCAAUGAAGUGCGUAUGGCUGGCAAUCCAUGGACAUGCAAUUGUGCUUUCGUAGACAAGUUCCGUGACUAUGUUAAUCGCCAUGAGUCCGUGCAAGACAAGUUAAAGUUAAGAUGCUCUGCUUUAUUGGGCAGCAAUGGUACCGUGGGCAUCAAUGGAAGCGCUCUCACGCAACAACCAACAGAACAGUUUACCUUGUAUCUAAGCCCGGAAGUUGUGAAAGAGGGCAACAUUAGAUACUUGGCUUGUGGCGGUGUCUUGCAGCAGCAUUUAUUGGGUGUCACAGGCACCAAUGGUGGCUUCCUUAACGGCGACAUCAACGAUAACAUCAUAAUUAAUGGUAACAUGACGUCCACCAAAAUGAUUUUGUCUCAACCACCCAUGCACGAUUAUGUUCCCAUUCUGGUGGCCAUACUGACUGGAUUUGUCUUUGUCAUCAUUUGCACCAUGCUAGUAUUCAUCUUCCGCCAAGAAAUGAGAGUUUGGUGUCAUUCACGCUUCGGCAUACGAUUAUUCUACAAUGCCAACAAAGACAUGGACAAAAAUGAACGAGAAAAAUUAUUUGACGCUUUUAUUUCGUACAGUUCAAAAGAUGAGGCGUUUGUUACCGAAGAAUUGGCUCCAUUAUUAGAACAAGGUGACACCCGUUACAAAUUGUGCCUACAAAAUCGUGAUUUUCCAGUUGGCGGCUACAUGGCCGAAUCUAUUGUGCAAGCCAUCGACACUUCAAGAAGAACCAUCAUGAUUUUGUCAGAGAACUUCAUCAAAUCAGAGUGGUGUCGUUUUGAAUUUAAAUCAGCUCAUCAAUCGGUAUUACGCGACAGAAGAAGACGUCUAAUUGUCAUCGUACUGGGAGAAGUACCCCAAAAAGAUUUAGAUCCCGAUCUAAGAUUGUAUUUGAAAACCAACGCCUACUUACAAUGGGGUGAUAAACUUUUCUGGGAAAAGUUACGUUUUGCUUUGCCCGAUGUACCCAACAACCAAAGAAGACCUCAUGGUGUAGCAGGCCACUGCAGCGGAGUAGGUGUACAUAUGCCAAUGGCUCCUCAUCAUCAUCAUAUGCAGACACAUCACCUACAUCACAUGCAUCCACAAGCUCAACUGCAGCAACAUCACUUACAGCAUGCCAGUUUUCGGUCUCAAAUGCAUCACAACAUCAAUGGUUCCCGCCAGAAUCACAACCGAAACAACACCAAUCCUCAACAGCAGUCCACCAUGCUAAUGGGUCCACCCUGCCAGUCGGGGCAGCCCCAGCAACAGCCAAUGCCUCUACCUUUGCCACCCACCAACCAAAGCAGUAGUAUACAACACCAGAGUCUACCUUUGCCACCAUGCCCCAGUCCCAGAAGUGCUACCACACAGUCGUCCGUAGGAGGUAACUCCUCCAAUUCUGGACGGACAGUCGCCGUACAUAUUUAAAGUGAGUGUAUUUAUCUUAGGGUUGAGAAUGAAAGAACUAGGCCAAAUUUAGCCAAGUUAGAAAACAAAAAAGAAAAACGUUUAUGUAAGCUGAGUGUGGUUAGUAGUAAAAAGCCUUUCUAAAAAUUGAUUAUUUUCUUUUUGCUUUCGACUGCCUGACUGACAUUGAUCUGUCUAACUCAUUGUUAUUGUUGCAUUAAGUUGCUAUUCCUUUAGCUGCUGUUGUUUGGUUUGGUCGCAGUCAAUCAUUUUAAAUGACCAUUUUGAAUUUGUAUCUCGUUAAAACAAGAGGUUUUUAUUUUACUUCACUUUUUAUGAGUUUCUUACCAUUUUUUGUUCUUUUCAAACAAAAAAAUACAAGAAAGAAAAAAACACGUUAAUGGGAAACGGAAAACCUAUUACAAUAACAGGCUGAUAAACAUGAAACUGAAACAAACGAUGAAGACAAACUGACAGCCAAACUGUCAGACAGACAGACAAACCAGUGAAGCAACCCAAACAGCAACAAACAAGGUACACAAAUUAUGGAGGUAAUGAAGGAGACUUAAAAAUGAGGCAGCACAACAGCAAAAAAAAUAAAACUGAAGUAAAAAAUUGUAGUCAUAAAGAACCUUUUGGCACAAUGGCAAUGCCAACAAGCGUAGCAAACGAGCCAAGAUGCAAAUGAGCAGUUUCUGCCACUGCACCAACUUCUUCUGGCGACAUUUGUUGCAAAAGCUUGUUGCGCUUUUGCGGUGAAUUCAUUGAGCUCGAAACGCGUUUGCUUGCCGUUGCUGUGCUUUUUACUUGCUUGUUUUUAUUAAACGGUUACAAUGACUUCAAAAGUCAGCAUUAUUUUUGUUGUUGCUGCUGUUGUGAGUUUCCUUUUCCACCUUGUAAUGAUUCAGAAAAUUGAUGUUGCAUGCAACAACGAAAAAGCAGACAAUUUCAUUUAUUAUGCAAAAAGAGGUAGAUAGAGAGACGAAAGAGUAACAAAACAAAGAGAACAAAAUAAGCAAAACAAAAACCGGCAAAAAAACAUACAGUCUUGUAGACAUGUUAUGCAUAUUUUGCAACAACAAUAAACACAUUAAAUUGCACGUCACUACCUUUCUCCGUUUUUGCUGUUUUUUGGUCUUUUGGCCAGACCAGAAACACCGAGGGUUAGACAUACUUGUACGAGUACAUGUAAAACGACCAGACAGUUAAAGAAAAUUCAACAAAAACAACAACAACAACAAAUAGAGGAAUAAAACCUGACGUCUUGGCGAUCACUAAAUGGACAAUGUUGAAGUUGUAUUUUUGUUUCUUUUUUUCCUCAUUUUGCCCAAAACGAAAUAACUAUAUGCAACAGCUAAAUUGAGGACAAGCGAUUCAGCAUUUUUGGUUUUUACAAUCGUCCAACAACUAAACAUCUACUCUUGUAUUUAUGUAUGUAUGUAUGUCCGUCUGUUUGUGUGUAUGCAGUCGACAUGACGAGGCAACAACUACAUCAACAGAAAUUUGAAAAAGAAAAUAGAUUUCUUUCUUUUAGGCUAAAUUUCGAACAACAGAUAUUUUUAUUUUUACCUAACAAAUUGCUACAUUUGUUGCACUACCAAAACUACAUGCAACAAAACCAAAAUAAAGGCAAUAUAGUACAUUAUUCAUUUCAUUUCAAACCAAAAUACAGAAAAGGCUUUCUAAACGUUUCUCUUUUACAUUUUCCAUCUUUCCUCACUUAUCCUCUACCAAAUAAGAAAACAUUUCUGGCAAAAGAUAAAAAAUGCAAAACUAGACGAAUUGAAAACAUUCCAAGUAAAAAAGGUAAAAAUUAAACAAAUGUUAAAAUACUUCAAGUAGACAACACUCAGAAAGUUAGAAAAGUGCACACACAAAGAUUAUGUUGUACAGAUGCAAAACAAAACUAAUUAAAAUGUUAAAGCAACAAAGCUCUAUGGUUUUUUGCAAAAUUAUAUAAAAAAUGUGAUAUAAUAUUAAAUUUUAAGUAAACUGUUAACUUAACUACGUCCUGUAUAUUUAAAAUAACAAUAAUCAUAAGAAAAUCAAAAACAAAAACGUUUAGUUGUAAGUUAUAAAUUGUAUGCAAAUAAGAAGAGAAUAAACAAAUAAAAACAAUAUUGUAAUAACAUCCUCCCAGUCAGUAAUAAAUUCAAUAAUAAAACUCAAUAACUCUUGUAAAUAAUAUAAAAUAAAAAUUUAAUUAAAUCAUAAACAUGAAAUAUUUAGUUGGUACUUAAGAAAUGAAAAUCAACCACCUCUUUUAUUGAAACUGAUGCAAAACAGCCAUAUUUUUCUAUAAAAACUCUUUCUUUAAACUAUUUACACUCGAAGAAAAACAAAUUUAACAAACAAACAAUCGUUAAUAAAAAAGUAUUUACCAUGUUAAAUAGUGACUGAUUAUGUUUAUAAGUUUAAAUAAAUAAAUGAAAUGAAAUAAAAUGAAGAAGAAAUAAAACAUAACAAAAUUGUAAAAUAUUUUUUCAUUUUAUUUUUGUAAAAUUUGUAUUUUUGUAUAUAAAUGUAUUUAAUUAAUAAAACUAAAAAAAAACUAUCAUUUAAUUCAUUAUUUUAUUUAUUAUUUUUAUUGUUUUGUAUUCUAGUUUCUAAGUAGUAUUAAUUUAAUUAUAUUUUGCAAAUUAUAGUCCUAUAAAUAAAAACGAAUGUUUAAACGACAAGUUUUUUACAAAAAAAAAUAUCAAAAGACAAUAAAAAACAUAAAAAAAUAUAUGAAAAUUAUUAAAAACAAAA